AGGGCGAAAAGGGCAUCGGGUCCAAAUGGAGCCGGGGGACCUGCGGGCGCUGCUGGAGCGGGCGGGCGGACGGGAGCCGCUGAGACUGGCCGGCGAGGCGCGGCCGGCCGAGCUGGAGACCUUCGCCCGGGAUCUCUUCGCCGAGCCGCCGCCGGAGGAAGAGGAGGAGGAGGAAGCGGCGGCCGUUGCAGCGGGGCAGCGGCGGCGGCGGCUGCGGCGGGCUGGGCUUCGGGGCGCCGGGCGGGCUCCGUGGCGGGGCUGCGCGCUGCUCUUCGCUCUAUUCCGGGCCGCCUCGCUGGAGCAGCCGCGGGAGAAGCGCCGCCUGCGCGAGAUCCUCCGCGACCUGCGCGCCCAGCUGCCCUCCGCUCCGCCGCCCGCCGUGGUCGGCGUGGUGCUGCUCCUGCAGCGGCCGGCCGAGGAGGCGGCGGAGGCGGCGCGGCUGCAGCUGGAAGGGCUCCUCCGGAGCGUUUUCCGCCAACGGCGCCGGCCCGACCCGGGGCUGCCGGAUACCUUGCAAGCCGUCGCUUACUGGCCCGGGGAUGGCCGGCCGGCCCGGGAAGCCGCUUGCCGAGCGCUGCGAGCCGCCCUGAAGCUCCGAGCAGAUGGGGCAGAACCCCCAAAGCAGAAACUUCCUGCCUUCUUGUCGUGUAUUCUGUGGGGCAGGAGGAGUGAGAAUAUUCACACAGAUGCAAAAUUAAAUGAAGAUGCUGUACAAGACUUAGAAGGAGCCAUGGCUUUGACCAACAUUGCACCCAACGGGAAGUGUGAAGAGGCCUCAGAGGCAUUGGACACCUAAUAAACCGUGGUUUGUUGUCUCUCUGAUGAAUUCCAUGUCCUUCUCAUCCUAGCUUUCCGGGAGUAAAAAAAUUCCAAGCCUUGGACCGCCUUACAAGCUCCCUGAAGGAAGCAGCUAGAAGUUUGUUUGUUUUUUAAUGAUAGUUUGUUUCAGAGCAAUUUGUGCAGAAGAGAUGUUGGUUUGUCUCCUUUCAGCAUCCUUGUUUCAUGGGGAACCCAAAAAGCAUAUAUUUUUUUUAUUCUUAAGCACGUCAAGAUGUGUGUUCAUAAAAGCCACUGGACCUCUUGGGGCUCACAAUUUAAAGAAGCAUUGUUUUCCAAAAGUUUGUGACUGUUAGAACAGAAACGGCAACACAAUCAUCAUUCUUGCCAUGGAUCUGAUUUGUCUUAUUGAACUUGUCUCCUUCGUUCUGGAAUCCUUAUCUGCAGGGUUAGAAAUCUCGAAGCUCGGAAGGAAAAGAAACAAUUGCUCGUGUUUUGAGAAAAAAAAAUCCACUUUAUUCUGUUCCUGAAUAUGAUUUCUGGUGGCAAAAAAAUAAUAAUCCUACUACAUUGUUAAUGAAGACACACAUGUGCAGUUAUUCGGUCUUGUGGCUACUCUGUGCCUUGCUAUGUUUUGGAAACUUAGAAUAGCAGUGUUUCUCAACCCUGGUCAUUUUCAAAUGUGUGGGCUUCCAUUCCUAGAAUUCCCCAGCCAGCCUUGCUGGCUGGGGAAUUCUGGGAAUGGAAGUCUACACAUUUCAAAAUGGCCAGGGUUAAGUUUAGGUUGAGCAACACUGUAUUAUAGGCAUAGUUAAAACUUGCAAUAUAUAUUUUUUUCAUCAAAAUAAACGGUUAUGCAUUUUGCGAAUGAAGGCAAAUGUUAUGGUUAUGCAUUUUUACAAACGUAUUUUUUUGACAAAAUAAAUGUUUAUUCACUUGUCACUCUCCUACAGAACGCUUUCCCAAAUGCUGUAUUUUGUAGCCUGAAUCUUUAAUUUUAUGAUUCUUUCUUUUUAAAAAAAUCUUGAUGAGAUUGUAAGGGCCUAACCUCCCAUAUCUUAUAGUAUAGCCUGGGG